AACAAUUUGCAUAAUUAAAGCUAUCAACCCGUAGAACGCGUAGUGAGCUGGAGAUUGUGAAUAAAAGAUAACGAAACACACUAGCUGCUGCUUGUGAACUCUCAUUGAACACCAAUUAUUUUUCAAAUCGAACAACGUAAUAAGAAGUAAUUGAAGGAUGCAGGACCUAACCAUGUCGCAACUGCAAAAGCCACCGCAUGUAGUUUUAAAUGAAACACUGCUGCGUGACUUUGAGCUAACUGACUUCGAUGUCGACGACUUUAUAAAGUUGAGCAUUGCGAUACAGAAGCGAAUGAAUCAGACAGACGAGUGCAGUGGCUAUUGUCAGGGCGAUAUCUACAAGUGGGUGCGCGCCUACAAUGGCGUCCACGGCUAUGUCUCACUAAUGAUUUGCAUAUUUGGCACCAUAGCCAACAUACUGAACAUAAUGGUUUUGACCAGAAAGGAAAUGGCCAAGGCGCCCAUUAACAACAUACUGAAAUGGUUGGCGGUGGCCGAUAUGUUUGUCAUGCUCGAGUAUAUACCCUACACCAGCUACCAAUACAUAUACAUGCAGCCGGGUGAAAAGGAUUUAAGCUACGGCUGGGCUGUUUUUCUACUCAUACACAUGCAUUUCACACAGACACUGCAUACCAUAUCCAUAGGGCUGACCGUCACACUGGCCGUCUGGCGUUAUGUGGCCAUCAGCAAACUGUUUCCAUCUCUUCUCCACAGACAUCCGAAUGGCAGCUGCGCUAAUUUUUUGCUUGCACAUUCCAAUGAGGCGAUCAUAUUUCCCUUCAUCAUAGCGCCCAUCCUAUGUCUCCCCACCUAUUUUGUGUUCAAGGUGCGUGAGACACAUGAGUUCACCACCAGAGAGCACGAGGCCAUGUAUCAUGUGUAUUUCGAUAAGGACUCCAUGCUGUUUCGUUUCAACUUUUGGAUACAUUCCGUCAUCAUUAAGCUGCUGCCUUGCAUCAUUUUAACUGUCAUUAGUGUGGUGCUCAUGCAUGUCCUUUGCGAAGCCUCACGACGUCGCAUGAAGCUAAAGGAUUAUGAUACCACAAAGUAUGCCAUACAGCUCGAUUUGAAUAGACCCAGCUCAAAGCGUCCACCGCGCUGUGAUCGACGCAAUGAUCGCACCACUUUGCUGCUGGUGGCUGUCCUUAUACUCUUCCUGGUCACAGAGUUUCCACAAGGACUUAUAGGCCUGCUAUCGGCUGUGCUGGAGAAAUGUUUCUUUGCCAAGUGCUAUACGCCGUUCGGGCUUUUGAUGGAUCUGUUGGCGCUCAUCAAUGCCGCCGUUGGCUUCGUGCUCUACGGACUCAUGUCGAAGCAGUUCCGCACAACUUUCAGAUCCUUAUUCUUUAAACGGCACUUGGGUAGCGGCGAGAUGACACGUUUAACGCGAGUUACAACCACCUGCGUUUAAGCAGACAGACAGAGGCAGCGGAGCAGGUGAAAGUAUCUCAAAGAUGCUACUCGACGAUUUUCUAAACUAAAUAAAACAAACUUUCUAAAAGUUGAACUGAACUGUGAGCAUGGCUAGGGUAAAUGAAAUGGAUGCUGAACUGUUAAAGCAGUUGCGAGUUUAAUUUUCGGUAGGAGCAAGUGCCAUUUCCAUUUAGUUAUUUAGCAUUUAAAAUGUUUCACGCAUGUAUCUCUAUAACUGUUGCUAAGACUUCAAAUAUAUAUAAGUAUGUAAAUGUAUAUUUAAUUAAGCGUUUCGUAUAAAUUCAAGCUGUGAUAAGAGAACAGCAAGUCAACGAGCCCCUGCACUUGCCUGUUCUCUUGUCUUACCUAUACAAUUUAUAUAAACUAACUAACUUGUAUAUAGCUCUGGCUGAGUUACUUUAGUUAUAAGCUUAGCAUUUAAUCUAACAUGUUAACUUCAAAGUUUAAACACAUUCGAGUAAAUAAAUGUUUGCUGUGAGCGCUUGGCUUUUAUUUAUUUAUUUAUUUAUUCUAAG